AUGUCGAUUAACGACUCACCAACUGAAUCCAAUGAGACUAUCGCUGUCUCAGCCUCCCAUAUGGUUCUUAACGUCAACAUGACCAAUGUUACUAAGCUCAACGCUUCCAACUUCCUCAUGUGGAGUCUCCAAGUCCAUGUUUUGCUUGAUGGGUAUGGUCUUGCUGGCUACCUUGAUGGCUCCACCACCGCACCACCAUCAACGUGCCUUCUUGGUGCCAUCACCAUCAACCUUCACCCCCUCCUGUCCAAAACAGCGACUGCUGCUGAGAUCAGGAGCACACUCACCUCCACCUAUGCCAAACCCAGUCGUGACCACAUUAAGCAAUUGAGACAACAACUCAAGCAGUGGAGCAAAGGUACUAAAUCUGUGAAUGAAUACUUUCAAGGAUUUACUACCAGAUUUGAUCAGUUGGCUCUUCUUGGCAAGACCAUUGAUCAUGAAGACCAGAUUGAGUUCAUCCUUGAAGGUCUUAAUGACGACUACAAAUCCGUCAUUGAUCAGAUCGAAGGGCGUGACGCUCCACCAUCUCUCACCGAGAUCCAUGAGAAACUUCUCAAUCACGAAGCAAAGCUCCAAAGCAAUGCCUCUGCUUCCUCCAACAUCCCCAUUACCGCCAAUGCAGUAAACUACAAAGGCUCCAACCGCAAUCAGAACAAGCAGCCUCACCGUGGUCACAACAACAACAACAACUGGCAACAACCCCCUCCACAGUUUGCUCCUCGCCAGGCGCAGUACACACCACGUCCGUACUUAGGACGUUGUCAAUUCUGCGGCGUCACUGGCCAUAGUGCACGCAGGUGUCCUCAGCUUCACCAGACGGUUGGUCCCUUCGCCUCUCCGCCUCCGAUGUCUGCGCCGUGGCAACCUCGAGCACAACUAGCUGCUGUUCCGUACAAUGCUAGCAACUGGGUGAUGGACAGUGGUGCGACCCAUCACCUAACCACCGAUCUCAACAACCUUGCCCUGCAUCAGCCGUACAAUGGUGGCGAGGAAGUGACAAUCGCAAAUGGAACCGGUUUGAAUAUCUCUCACAUUGGAUCUUCUUCCCUUUCUACACCUACUCGUUCACUUAUGCUGCAUGAUGUCCUAUACGUACCUGAUUUAAAGCGCAAUCUUAUAUCAGUUUAUCGUAUGUACAAUAAUAACAAGGUUUCUGUGGAAUUUUUUCCUACCUCGUUUCAGGUGAAGGACCUCAGAACGGGGGUCCGAUUGCUCCAAGGCAAGACCAAGGAUGAGUUGUACGAGUGGCCGGUCACCAAUCCUAUCUCCAAUUUCGCCUCACCUACAUCCAAAACAGACACCACAUCAUGGCAUAAUCGUCUUGGCCAUCCAUCUCUUUCAGUUUUACAAAAAGAAAAGAUACGCACGUUAUAUUCGGACAAUGGCGGAGAAUUCAUUGCUCUCCGUAGCUUUCUCUCCGACAAUGGCAUCUCCCAUUUCACCAGCCCACCUCACACACCCGAACACAACGGGAUAGCUGAACGGAAGCAUAGACAUGUCGUUGAAACUGGGCUUACUCUGCUUGGUCAAUCAUCCAUGCCGACAAGCUACUGGUACUAUGCUUUCUCCACUGCGGUGUAUCUUAUUAAUCGAUUUCCGAGUCCGACGAUUGAGAAUCACACACCCUACGAGAAGCUCUUUCAACAACCUCCAAAUUACCUCAAGCUUCGAGUGUUUGGCUGUUUCUGCUUCUCCUGGUUGCGACCUUACACCAGUCACAAAUUGGAUGAACGGUCAAAGCCUUGUACUUUCAUUGGCUACUCAUUAACGCAAAGUGCGUAUCUGUGCUUGGAUCCAGCAUCGGGGAGAGUCUAUAUGUCUCGCCAUGUGCAAUUCGUAGAAACCUCUUUUUCGUUCGCUCCGACACCAACACCUGCUGAAAUCAUUCCCGAUUCACCUCCGCAACCUUCUCUCUUGCCCGUCCAAUUCAUACCCUCACCGCCACUCGUCACAACUCAGCCAAUCGCGCCCUCGAGCUUAGGUCCUCACCACCAACAAACGCCUCCACCGUCGCCGCCGUCGAACCCUCGCACUACAGCCACGGCACCGUCAUCGCCACAAGCAACUCCGUCGUCGCCUAUCACGACUCCUCAAUUCUCCGACAACGAAUUGUCAUCUCGCUCAGGUAUGGGCCCCUCACACAAUCCUUCCACCUCAAACCUAAGCCCACAAAAUAUUCCAAGCCCACAAAAUCUAAACCAAAGCCCAAAUGUCUCAACUUCCUCUUCGUCCAACUCUCACUCCUCAAACAACUCCAUCUCCCCUUCACCACCACCGUCACCUGAAAUUCCACCUCCAUCACCGGAAAAUCCCGAUCCACCCUUAAAUCUGCAUUCUAUGCAAACCCGAGCCAAAAACAACAUCAUUAAACCCAAUCGGAAAUUUUCCCUUGCCGCUUCCACAAGACCCACCAUCCCAACCACCGUUAAUCAAGCUAUGAGAGAUGAGAAAUGGCGCAACGCGACCACGUCGGAAUUCAAUGCAAUUGUGAAGAAUGAGAUCUUCAGUCCAGUUAUCAAGUCAACUACAGUCCGUGCGGUGCUCGAUCCUGCCGUGAGUAAUUCUUGGCCGAUAAGGCAACUUGAUGUGAAUAAUGCGUUUCUGCAGGGUACUUUCACUGAUGAAGUUUACGUCACGCAACCUCCCGGCUUUGUAGAUCCAGAUCGCCCUGACUAUGUAUGCAAGCUCAAUAAGGCGCUUUACGGUCUCAAACAAGCUCCUCGCGCUUGGUAUGAGGAACUCAAAGCCUCACUUAUUGCUGCUGGCUUCCGUAACUCUGUCGCCGACACCUCUCUGUUCACCUAUCACCACGGUAUGGACGUCGUCUAUAUUCUAGUGUAUGUCGAUGACAUAGUCGUUACGGGUAAUAGUGAUGCGAUUGUAAACACCAUGAUCUCUGCCCUUGCUAACCGGUUCUCACUAAAAGAUCAUGGUCCAUUGAGCUAUUUCUUGGGCAUCGAGGCUACACGAACAGCUGCAGGGUUGCAUCUAAUGCAGAGGAAGUAUGUGAUCGACCUCCUCACCAAGACCAAGAUGUUGGAUGCUACGCCUGUAUCCACUCCAAUGGCCACACACCCGAAGUUAUCACUCAACUCUGGUAUGGUCUUGCAAAAUCCAAGUGAAUAUCGUAUGGUUGUUGGCAGCUUGCAAUAUCUCGCUUUUACAAGACCAGAUGUUGCGUUUGCGGUGAACAAACUCUCCCAAUUCAUGCAUGCACCCACGGACGAGCAUUGGAAAGCUGCAAAACGUGUGCUAAGAUAUCUUGCGGGAACUACAUCUCAUGGUAUUUUUUUCCGAGCCAACUCUCCUCUCACCUUACAUGCCUAUUCGGAUGCUGAUUGGGCAGGAGAUGUGGACGAUUAUGUGUCUACAAACGCAUACAUUGUGUAUCUUGGUACUACACCGAUCUCUUGGUCCAGCAAGAAACAACGGGGAGUGGCGCGAUCGUCUACUGAGGCAGAGUAUAGAGCUGUCGCAAAUACUGCUGCUGAACUUCGAUGGGUGUGUUCAUUACUCAGUGAACUUGGCAUUACACUGCCUUCACCACCUUCAAUUUACUGUGACAAUGUGGGUGCCACAUAUCUCAGUGCCAAUCCCGUUUUCCACUCACGUAUGAAGCACCUUGCGCUUGAUUUCCACUUCGUCAGGGACAAUGUGCAGUCCGGAGCUAUGCGUGUCACUCAUGUCUCCACAAAGGAUCAGCUCGCUGAUGCUCUGACAAAACCAUUGUCCCGUGCACGUUUUCAUGAGCUCUACAGCAAGAUUGGAGUCUCCAAGGCCCCUCCAUCUUGCGGGGGCGUGUAG